CCCGCAGCCGCAGCCCGGGCGGAGCGCCUCCCGCCAUGGCGGCAGGGGAGGAGGAGGGCGAUGUGGAGUGGGUGGUGGACACCAUCGCUGGCUUCCUGCGGGGGCCCGCCUGGUCCAUCCCCAUCCUGGAGUUCAUGGAGCAGAAGUGCGAGGUUUUUGAUGAUGAAGAAGAAAGCAAGUUGUCUUAUACAGAAAUUUAUCAAGAGUACCAGGCCCUGGUUGAAAGGUUGUUAGAAGACCAUCUUAAAGAAGUUGGAAUUAAUGAAGAAAAAUUUCAAGAAGCAUUUUCUUCCCCUCUUGCAAAGACACACACUUCACAGGCCAUUUUGCAAACAGUGUUGGCAGCAGAAGAUUUUAGACUGUUUAAAAAAAUGAUGGUACAGAAAAAUAUUGAAAUGCAAUUGCAAGCUAUUAGAAUCAUUGAAGAAAGAAAUGGUGUGUUGCCUGACUGUUUGACAGAGGGUUCUGAUGUAUUCAGUGAAAUUGAACAGGAAGAAAUGAAAAUACUGAAGGAGGUUCUAAGGAAAUCAAAGGAAGAAUACGAAAUAGAGCAAGAAAGGAAAAGGACUGAAGAUGCACGUGAUAAACUUAAAUCACCAGAUGUUACCUGCAGUUUUCCAGGAGAUUCAAGAGAAGGAAGAAAAGUUAAGGAAUCCACCAAGGGAGCUGAUGAUUCAAAAGAAACUCCAAAACUCCCAUUAGAGGCAUCUCGGAAACCUGCGAGGGGAGACUUAAAACCAGUACGUCCAUUACCAAAAGGAGCAGAAAGCUCACCUCAGCCAUCGCAGUCCAAAGGGAAGGAAGAGAUUAAGAAAAGUUCAGCUGGGAAGUGUGCAGAAAAUGCAGUGCAAAAAGCUGGGAUGAAAGGACCUAAUUUAUCAGAACCCGAAGAGCAGCAGCUGAAGCAGCGCGAGGAUUACCUAAAGAAGAAACGAGACAUGCUGAUGGCUGCAAAGAAGGAGUCAAGAAAUAACAUACCUUUACCAACAAACACCGACCAGAAAGAGGAGGAAUCGUCUCCUAAAGAGGAAAUGUCAGAAGAGAAGCAACGAUUACUGCAGAAGAGGAAAAUGCUUGCGGAAAAACUAAAAGAAGAAGUUAUUAACAAGCGGUAAUUUUAAGCAGCUCACUGCAGAUCCCAGUAACAUAAAUGUGGUUUUAGAAUAAAUGGCAUAAUUGAAUGGAUUUGUUUUCCAAUAUUGUACUUGUUUUAUAGAACUUUCAGAGAAGCAGCUCAGUACUUUGUAUAUAAAAUAUUUAAAAUUACACUGAAAAGACACUAAAAAUGCUUAUUUUCCAGAAUGCUGGAAACCCGUUGACUUUCACUGGAAUGUUGAGCAGUGAGGCCAUUUGCCAUCACCGCAGCACACAGAUUUUUCUAAACCACUGGCCUCAGCCACUUGAUAUUAUCUAAAACUGAAGUAGACACUGCAAUCUGUUAAAUAAUUCCUAUGUGAAUGGUUCUGAAUUAAUUAGAAACUUUAACUUUUUUUUAUUUUUAAAGUUCUAGAACCUUGUUCCUUUUAUUAGAAUAUAAUAAACAGAUUACUAUUUUUCAGCCGUGCAAUGUAAUAAAGCCUGAUUUCACAAGGAAGCGCAACUAUGAUCAUUUUAUUUUCGAGAAAGAUAAUGCAGCUUGGAGUUGAGACAUCUGUGCGUGAACUCUGAUGUUUUGCAGACUUUGGGGCAAGUCACCAGUCCUUCGGUCCAAUUUUGCUGUGAUUAUAGAAUCAUAGAACGCUUUGGGUCGGAAGGGACCUUCACAGUUCAUCCAGUCCAAUCCUCCUGCAGGGACAUCUGUAACCAGAUCGGGUUGCUCAGAGCCCCAUCCAACCUGCCCCUGAGUGUUUCCACGUUUGGGGCCUCCACUGCCUCCCUGGGCAACUUGUGCCAGUGUUUCACCGCCGUCAUUGUUAAAAACGUCUUUCCUUACAUCCAGUCUAAUUCGACCCUCCCUUAGUUUAAAACCAUUACUCCUUGUCCUGUCACCACCGGUCUUGCUAAAAAGUCUGUCCCCAUCUUUCCUGUAGCGCCCUUUAAGCACCGGGGAAGGGCGUCGAUGGGGUGAGGGCCUCAAAGGCCAGUUACGAUGAGUGCU